AUGAGGCAGCCAGCCCAGAAGGCUACUUAUGCUGCUUUAUAUUCAUUUCAAGCACAGGAAGAGGGAGAUUUGUCUUUUCAGAGGGGAGAUUUGUUAACGUUUAUAAGACAAAAGCGGGAGUGGAUUCUAUGUAAAUCAGGCGAUAACCGUAUCGGUUGGGUUCCUUCAAAUUACUUAACUCCGUUUACACCUGAAAUUGUUGCUAGAUUAAAGGGUCUUGGUGACCAACUUGGUUUAACCUAUUGUCAUAUGCUGAAAUCUGUUCAGUUACCAGCUACUGGGAAGGUUGUAAGGGCUAGAAAUCCCAGUAUUUUCGCGACAAAUCAUUUGAAAGUGGAGUGCGAUGACGAAGUUCAAAUCAGGAAACUACUUCCUGAUGGAUUCUGUGAGGUCUGGCGAGAACGUGAUCAAGUUGGCGGCUUAGUACCAAUUAACUUCCUUAAGAUUGAAUGUAAUUAA